AUGAAAGCCGGUCAAGGGAGAGAUGUUCCCAUCAUUAACCGAUCCAUGUCACUCGACGACAUAAAACACAAACGAACACCGCCUCAAUUCAUAGACGAUAUGGCAGCACAUCGAACCAGUAACAGUGCACAAGAACGCAAUGAGAUACUUUUGAAAGAUUUAGAUAUCAUGCUAAAAAACAAAUUGAAUGUGGUAAAUGGUCUUAGGAAUCAAAGCCCCAAUUCAACUGCCACGAGAAGGUCUGCUUCUUAUGAUGAUUUGAACGGAUCUUUUAGACAAAGGUCUGGUUUGGAGGGCGACAUAAUUACUAGAAGUCCACCUGGAUUAGAUUAUGAGGAUGAUGCCCUAUUGGCAGAUAAUGCCACAGAAUUGGAUGGUGGUCGGUCUGACAAUUUAUAUCAAGGAAACCUAGAUAUGCCUGAGGAGGAUGAAGACGAUGAGGAGUUCGCCAAUGUCGAUGAAGUCGAUGGUCCAUUACUAGGUCAUUUGCAGGAGAAGACAGAUAAAAAUAAUGAUUUGAAAGACUAUAAUAUGCCAAUAAACGAAGACCUAAAGAAAGAUUUGGAAAAUAGAGCUGCUGAGUUAGCAGAGGGCAAUGGAUUUCAACCUGUAAUUCAAAAGAAAGUCGAAUGGUCCUUUAAAGAUUUUACCUCUUUGAAUUCGGAAUUAGAUGAUUGGUUUUGCGCAGCAGAUUAUGCACUACUUUCUCCUAGUAAGAAUCAAUUCAUGAAGAAAGACAUUAAUGAAGAACAAUUCAUGUCGGAUGACGUGUAUGCGGAAAAAAUUACGAAAUCAUUGUUAGAUCUGCUCCCUCAAGAUAUUGGUGGCAACCUACUAAGUUUAUUUUAUAUUUCUAUGGGGAUAUUUGGUAAGGCCAAAUCCAUGAAUGAUCACUUGACCUACAUACGACGCAAUACUAUGUUCAUGAUCCCACAACUUCCUAUCCUAAUAAAAACAUUCAAAGAAAUUUGCAUUUCAUGUCGUGAUAAUAAGAACAACCUGAAAAGACAAUCCACAUUUUUAUUUUAUUCAAGUUCCAUCCUAUUUCUGAUUGCAACCAUUUGUAUAGAAAGUAGAGAUGGAAAAAGUUCCGAAUUUAUUCAAACUGUAAUACAUUUCUUUGAUGACGAUGCCGUUUUACAGUUCCUUACAAAGUACAUAGAACACUGGCGUUGGAAUAGUAGGUUAUCAAUGAGAGUAAGAAAUAUAAUAAGUUUACUUUUCAAAUUGAUAACACUACAGUUUGGUGAUAGAUCUCUUUAUACAACGACAAAGAAGCAACUAUACAAUUUCCACGGUUUGAAUGCUUACAACAAUGAUGAGGAAGGUAAAAGGUUAACAGUAUCACCUUUGCAUUAUAAGGCGUUCCAAGAAGAUAUAACGUCAAGAUUCCCUGAAUAUCCUAUGCCCACCCCUCAUGAAGAAUUACCGAAAGACAUUGACGAUUCUACCUCGUUAUCUCAAUUUUUAGAGAUACCAAGAUCCAAGGCUAGAAAUCCGAUGAACUUGAACUUGGCGGUACCGGAGCAACAUAUUGCCACUCCUGCUCCAUCUCCUCCAGCAUCUCCAGAAUUAACCAGUAGUUUAGUUGAGAGUCCUCGAUUAAGGAAGUCAUUUCAAACUAAUAUGGCUUACCCUUGCUUGUAUCCUUCGGAUGAUGAUCUAGAUUUAGAUGCCUUAAAUAAGAGAAUUUCAUCUAAAAAAUGUGAUGAAGAUGUUAAAGUUCCAUUUUCCAUUGAAGAAGCAGCAACUAUUCUUUCUUCCAACCUGAAAGUUAAACUAAGCACCAGGCAACUUUGGAGUGAGAGAGAGUUAUUUAUGGUCACCGAACGUGGCUGGCAAUCCUCUAUACCCUCAGAUCCUUAUAAUUAUCCAGAGAUGAAGAACCCUACAGAUGCUGAAUGCAUUAACAUUAUGAAACGAAUUGAUACUUAUUACCGCGAUUGCUUACCAAAUUUAAAUUCAUUAGUGUUUGUACUAUUACAAACUAUGGAAUCAAAUUUGAAUAAUAUUGUAUAUAAACGAUCUACCAUAUCUGAGGAUGCCAAUGUAGAGACAUUGAAACCAUAUUUGGAAAUAAUGAAGGCUAAGGAAACCGCAUUGAGAACAUCUACCGGUAUCUUAUACUUACUUUUGAAAUGGUUUAAAUUAAAUCAUAUUUUGAAAUUCGAACAAUUUUCUGUUUUAUUAUACGACUCUAGGUACAUCAAUACGUGCACUUCCAUUUUGAAUAAAUAUUCUGAAAGUUACUCAUCAAGAAUAUUUAAUGAAAUUCUAACUACGGAUGAAUCCAUCUGGAAGGUAUGUUCACAGCAUAAUGCUGCAUAUGAACAAGAUUAUAAGAUAUCAUUUGGAAAUGUAACAGAUCAGGAUACCAGUCUAUUACCUUCGUUUGCCUAUAUGUUAAGAAUCUUACGGAAAAUGAUUGAUAAUAAGACGCAAAGAUUAAAAGAACUACCGCUCCCGAUUGGUCUCAUCUUCAAGAAGUAUUACAAACUAUACAACCUGGACAUAUACCAUCCUAUUCUGCGAAUUAUCAGGGAAUUGACGCCUUUUAAAAAUAAACGGUGGAAGUCCGAACACAUGGAGUUGAUAUCGGGGGUCUAUCUGUACGAGAGGUUGGAGUUGAUCGAUAACUGGGUGACCGGGAAGGACAUUGCAGGGGAGAUCAACGAUGCUUGUGGCCAAGAGAUUGCCCUGAGGGCGUUGCUCCAGUUUUACAACUUCCGUCGCUACGAGACGUCGAUGACACAAUUGGGGUAUACCACUAGAGAUAGGGACAGAGAUUUGACAUAA